CCCUUCACGCCUAAUGUAGCCGUACCUCAAACCCUCCCCCCGUAUCAGAGUAGAAACAACAAGCCGCCAUUUUGUUGUGCGGACAGACCGUCAGAAACAGGAGAUAACCGAUAGAAGGAGCGACUCCGGCAGCCGACGGCAGCCGCUCCGGGAACCGCUGGGGGAAGCGAGAGCAGCCGAGUCCUUUCCGUGCUUUCCGGCGGAGGGGAAAGCAUCACGACCAAAAAGAUAAGACGUCCGUGGAGGCAGAAAACCGCUCGGCGGCAUAUGUAUUUAGGAACAUAAAUGUAUGCAUGAGAAGGAAAUACGCCGAAAAAUCCAAGGAAGGGGGUGUUUGCGGAACGGCGACGGGGAGGAGAGGCGGAAGAAGAAGGGAGCUACGAGGAAAAAACCUGCGAAAAGGAGAAAACAUCAACAUGAAAUUUCAGAAUGUGUUCGCCGCGGAGGAAGGAUCGAGCCCGCAUAGACAAUUAUAUAAAUAAAUUGCUGCCGGGCAGACGGGAGAGGUGGAAAGAAAGAAAGACGGGUUUAAAGAGAAGGGGGCAAUUGCCAGGACCAGCACGAAGGGGGGGCAAUCACCAUCACAAAAGAGUCCAGAGCGGAUUUUGGUCAGCUCCGAAAUAUUUCAGGGAGGUGUUUAUGGUCAUCUGAAGAAGAAGAAGCCAUCAUCUUGUCGGGUGAUCUUUACUGUCAUUUGCCUGAAAAUCCUCGUUUCGUCCUUUGCUCUGCUUUCUGCUUGUCCACGCGUGGCCGAGGUGUCCUUUUAAACCAGGGGGGGCAGAAAAAAAAUAAAGAAAAGUGACAAUUUUUAUCCGGCUUUUUUCAUCCGAGAGGGAAGGAGCACAAAGCAGAUCUUCCAAAUGAAACUGCCUGGAUCAAUCGAGCUGUCCCGCUGAUCGCUCAUUAGAUGAUUGCCUUCAAGAAUUGAGGAAGAAAAAGUGUUUUUUGUUUUUUUAUUCAGGGAGAUUUUUUAAAUCUUUGCAAUCUGACUGCAAAAGACAGCUCUGGUUGGGGUUGCAUCAACCAAAUGUGCAAUACCUGCUUUUUUUCUGUGCCUUGCAUGGUCACUAAGUGCACAGCUGAACGAGCAGAACUAUGGGAUGGAUUUGAUUUUUAUUUGAGUGGAUGCAGGUGCCCCCCACCCCCCAUCUUUUUCUCCUUUUUUGACUCAACGCUGCCGUUUACUUUGGAGGACUAAAGGAAUUUCCAGUUGUCCGAUGAGAGAUGCUAACAGUGGAUUUGUGAAGCCCCUGCAGGAGUUCUCCAGAAGUUAUCGAGGGGAUACCCCCCACGCACACAUACACACACACACACACUUGACUGUCGCCAAAACAGUUGUGGAUCCUUUACUGGUGGGGGGGGUUUCUGUGUGGAUGAUGGCCCGCAGGACUGAGAGUGGCUCAGUGGACGGCUCCUGGGACGCACAGGAGGCUACAUGAGGUUGUCAGAGGGCCGCACGUUUGCCUUUUCGCUGACUCCACCUUCCCACCUCCUCCUGUUCAAAUCUGUGAAGAAACAAAAUCUCCGACAGGGGAGGGGGGACUGAUAUCUGCAGAGAGGUACAAGCCGAGGGGGAGAACUGAGAGAGAGAGACUCCAACAGAGCCGUCCUCUCCCCUACCGUCCCCCCGAGCGGUGGGGGAACGAUCAGAAACACUUAAAAACUAAAGGGAGCCGGAAUAAAGGGAACACACUCGCCCUCGGUGGAUCUACAGAGUUUUAUUCUUAUUUUUAUUCGUAAAAAAUAUGGCCGAUAAUGUCCUGGAGUCCGGCCCGCCUUCAGCUAAGAGGCCCAAGCUAUCCUCUCCAGCGCUGUCUGUCUCUGCCAGUGAUGGAAACGAUUUUGGUUCCCUCUUUGAUCUGGAGCAUGACCUCCCAGAUGAGCUCAUCAAUUCUUCAGACCUGGGGUUGACAAAUGGAGGGGAUGCCAGUCAGCUCCAUACCAGUCUUGGGGGGCUUGGAGUCGGGAUUGGUGGGAGUGGCCAGGAUGCGGCUGCGAAACACAAACAGCUGUCUGAGCUUUUGCGUGCGGGAGCACCGGCUCAACAGGGCGGUCCUACCUCCAGCAGUGCACCAUCUGGGCCCUCCAUGGCAAUGAUGGGGAACAUAAAUGUUUCUUCUAGUGGACCUCAAGGCAUGCACCCUCAGGGCCAGCAGCAACAACCUGGAUUAACACAGCAGGUUGGAAUGGUGGGAGGCGUGCAGGCGCUCAGUCGGGCAGCUGCCUUGAUGGGCGCCCAAAACGGCAACACUGGACAGCAACAUCAAGGGCUUAUGGGAGCUCAGGUUCUGAACGGCUCGCCUAGAAUGGGCUUCCUCGGAAAUGCUGGUAUGGGUACCAGUGGUAAUCUGUUGACGGAGAAUUUGCAGCAGCAACAGGGGGGUCAGUCGGUCGGAGGCGGCGUUCAACCGGGAAUGAGACCUCAGCAGCCGGGAGCGCUAAACAAGAUGAGCAUGAUGGCCAACGCGGGCCCCUAUGGUGGUCCGUACAGCCAGUCUGCUGGCCAGGGGCUGGCUGGAGCCGGGCUGGGCCCACAGCUCCAGAAUAAAGCAGUCCUGCCCAGCAACGUUGCCCCCCAGUUCAGCAUGGACAAGAAAGCCCUUCCUGGUCAAGUCAUGCCCGGGAUGGCUCCUCAGCAGCAGCAGCAGCCUGGUGGCGUCACUGGUGGACCCAUCGGUGCAGCGGCAGCAGUGGGAGGACCCCAGGUCGGCCUUGCGGCUGUGGGAGCAGGACCCAGCACCACGCCCCCCACCGCCGACCCAGAGAAGAGGAAGCUCAUCCAGCAGCAGCUCGUCCUCCUGCUCCACGCACACAAGUGCCAGCGAAGGGAGCAGGCCAACGGUGAAGUGCGGCAGUGUAACCUGCCCCACUGCCGCACCAUGAAGAAUGUGCUGAACCACAUGACUCAUUGCCAGGCUGGCAAAUCUUGCCAGGUGGCACAUUGUGCCUCGUCCAGACAGAUCAUCUCCCAUUGGAAAAACUGCACACGACACGACUGUCCCGUAUGCUUGCCGCUGAAAAAUGCCGGAGACAAGAGGAACCAGCAGUCUCUUCUCAACAGUGCAGCGAUGGGUUUAGUCAACGCUUUAGGUUCGGGUGUUCCAGUUGGACAGUCCAGCACUCCUAACCUGAACCCCACCAACCAGAUUGACCCCAGCUCCAUAGAGAGGGGCUAUGCUGCACUGGGACUCACAUACCAGGGCAACCAGAUGCCCCAGCAGCUCCCCCAGACUAACAUGCCGAACCAAGGGCUGCAGGGACAGCCUGGGAUGAGGACUUUAAACACCAUGGGAGGAAACCCAAUGGGAGUAAAUGGUGGAGUUGAGGUGCAAACCCCCAACCAGCAGCCUGCCCUCCUUCCAGAUGCCAUCAUGCACAACAACAUGACAGCACAGAGUUUGAUGAACGACAGUGUGGGGAACCUUGGCUCCCUGCCUGCAGCUGCUCCUCCUUCUGCUGCUGGAAUGAGGAAGUCCUGGCAUGAAGACAUCACGCAAGACCUCCGCAGCCAUCUCGUCCACAAGCUUGUGCAGGCCAUUUUUCCCACUCCUGACCCAGCUGCACUGAAAGACCGGCGGAUGGAGAACCUUGUAGCUUACGCUCGCAAAGUAGAGGGGGACAUGUACGAAUCAGCCAACAGCAGGGCGGAGUACUACCAUCUCCUGGCAGAAAAAAUCUACAAAAUCCAAAAGGAAUUGGAAGAAAAGAGGAGGACACGACUCCAGAAGCAGGGCAUGAUGCCUGGCCAACCUGGCAUUGCCCCCUCUGGUCUUCCACAGGGGCCUCCUAGCAUGGGUCAGCCACCCAUGCCUCCUGGACAACCUCUCAAUGGUCCUCACACUGAUCCGUCCAUGGUCCGACCCACCGGUCCAAACCAGAUGGUCAACAGGAUGCCGCAUUCAGCAGGAAUGAACCAGUUUGGUCAGAUGGGGAUGCAGACGAUGAGUCAGAGGUUGACGCCUCCCCUUCCUCAUAAUCCUCAAAUGAACCAGACGACGAUGGGGGUAAAAAGGAUGGGUCAACCCAAUGCCACCCAACUGCAGAACCAGUACCUCCCUCCAGGCCAGUUUCCCAGCUCUGGUCCUGGGCUUGGGUCUGGUCCUGUUGGCAUGAACCAGCCAGGAACACAGACUGCUGUGCCUUCACAGAACCAGAUGUCAACGCCACCUUCUCUCCCAGCGAGCAGCCCCGCACCACAGUCCGCCUCUUCUGCCCCAGGAUCUGGAGCUCCCGGGGGAGCUUUGGGUCCUACUAACUCCAGCAGUGCUGGACCUCUCACCAGUCUUCCACCCUCCUCCACGCAGCCAAGCUCCUUCCCCCACUGCCCUCCGGUUAGAACAAGCUCCCCCUCACCAGCACGCAGCUUAACACCUCAGCCGCAUCAGACGCCGCCCAUGUUGCCUCGCUCGCAGACCCCGCAGCCGCAGACCCCCAGCACACCUCAAGUGCCCCCUCCACAGCAUUCACAGCAGCAACAGCUGCCGUCAACGCAGAGCGCAACCUCCGAAAAAGCCAGUCAGCCUUUGCAGCAGACUCACGGGGCCUCCCCGGCUCCUCAAGCAGGUCAGAGCUCUACGGUCCCGGCACAGAACGCGCACGUUCCACUGCAGCGGCCACAGACCCCUCUCUCGCCAAAGCCUUCUCUAACGGCAGACGGACACGUUUCUUCUCCUGCGUCGGUCGCAAGCGCCAACGAUCCCACAUCCCAGCUCGCCGCUGUCGAGGGCCCUGCUCUCAGCCUGGACAAUGUCAAAAUGGAAGUGAAAAAGGAGGAGGAGGAAGAUGAAGGAGCAGAAGGGCAGGGCGAUGGCAAAGGACAUAUUGAAAGGGGUUCAUCAGAGGUGAAGGCAGAGGAAAAGCCAGAGAUUAAGAAAGAGAAGCCAUCUGGAGAUGGGUGUAAAGGCGAGCCCAUGGAUACCUCUUCUUCCUCUGAGUCAUCUGCAGGAGCAAGUGAGGACAAAAAGCCAGUGGUGAAGAAAGAGCCUAAAGAGGAAGAGGAGGGGUCAACGACCACCAACAGCUCCCCAGCCACUGCUCAGAGCAAGAAGAAAAUCUUUAAGCCGGAGGAGCUGCGUCAGGCUCUGAUGCCAACCCUGGAGGCUUUGUACCGCCAGGACCCAGAGUCUCUUCCCUUCCGCCAGCCGGUGGACCCCCAGUUAUUAGGAAUACCUGUACGUAUUCGAACUAGUAACAAAACUAACCUGGACUACUUUGACAUCGUGAAGAACCCCAUGGAUCUGUCCACCAUUAAGAGGAAGCUGGACACGGGACAGUACCAGGAGCCGUGGCAGUACAUUGAGGACGUGUGGUUGAUGUUCAACAACGCCUGGCUGUACAACAGAAAGACGUCGCGGGUCUACAAGUACUGCUCCAAGUUGGCUGAGGUGUUUGAGACGGAAAUCGACCCCGUCAUGCAAGGCCUGGGGUACUGCUGUGGGAGGAAGUUUGAGUUUUCGCCACAAACUCUGUGCUGCUAUGGGAAACAGUUGUGCACCAUCCAGCGGGACGCUGCGUACUUCAGCUACCAGAACAGUUCACCAAAAUAUGGGCUUCUUGCUGACAGGUACCACUUCUGUGAGAAGUGUUUCAACGAAAUCCAAGGCGAGAGUGUGUCGUUGGGGGACGACCCCUCCCAGCCUCAGACGUCUAUCAACAAAGACCAGUUCCAGAGAAAGAAGAAUGACACUCUGGACCCUGAGCUACUUGUGGAAUGUAUUGACUGCGGUCGUAAAAUGCACCAGAUCUGCGUCCUGCAUAACGAAACCAUAUGGCCGUCGGGCUUUGUGUGCGACAACUGCCUGAAAAGAGCCAAUAAGUCACGGAAGGAGAACAAAUACGCCGCUAAGAGACUUCCUCAGACCAAGUUGGGGAACUUUUUAGAGACUCGAGUGAACGACUACCUCAAACGGCAGAACCACCUGGAGUCUGGAGAGGUCACCAUCCGAGUUGUCCACGUCUCUGAUAAAGUGGUUGAAGUCAAACCAGGCAUGAAGUCCAGGUUUGUGGACAGCGGAGAAAUGUCCGAGUCGUUCCCGUACAGGAUGAAGGCCCUGUUUGCCUUUGAGGACAUUGACGGGGCGGACGUGUGCUUCUUCGGCAUGCACGUUCAAGAGUACGGCUCAGACUGCCCCCCUCCAAACCAGAGGCGGGUGUACAUCUCCUACCUGGACAGCGUGCACUUCUUCAAACCUCGACACCUCAGGACAGCAGUGUAUCACGAGAUCCUACUAGGCUAUCUGGAGUACGUCAAGAGGCAGGGGUUUACAGCGGGACACAUCUGGGCCUGUCCUCCCAGUGAAGGAGAUGAUUAUAUCUUUCACUGUCACCCGCCAGACCAGAAGAUCCCCAAACCCAAACGCCUGCAGGAGUGGUACAAGAAAAUGCUGGACAAGGCCGUCUCUGAGCGGAUCAUCCAUGACUACAAGGACAUUUUCAAACAAGCAACAGAAGACCGACUGACAAGUGCCAAGGAGCUGCCAUACUUUGAGGGAGACUUCUGGCCCAACGUGCUUGAGGAGAGCAUCAAGGAGCUGGAACAGGAGGAGGAGGAGAGGAAGAGGGAGGAGAACAGCACCUCCAGCGAGAGCACAGAUCCCUCCAAGGGAGACAGCAAAAAUGCCAAAAAGAAGAACAACAAAAAGACGAGCAAGAACAAAAGCAGCCUGAGCCGAGCCAAUAAGAAGAAACCCGGGAUGCCCAGUGUCUCCAACGACCUUUCCCAGAAGCUCUACGCCACCAUGGAGAAACAUAAGGAGGUUUUCUUUGUUAUCCGCCUCAUUGCCGGCCCCACGGCCAACUCUCUGCCCCCAAUCACUGACCCGGAUCCUCUGAUGGCCUGUGACCUCAUGGACGGCCGCGAUGCCUUUCUAACUCUGGCCAGGGACAAGCACCUGGAGUUCAGCUCUCUCAGGAGGUCCAAGUGGAGCUCCAUGUGUAUGCUGGUGGAGCUCCACAACCAGAGCCAGGACCGCUUUGUUUACACCUGCAACGAAUGCAAACGCCAUGUGGAGACCCGCUUCCACUGCACGGUCUGCGAGGACUACGACCUGUGCAUCACCUGCUACAACAUCAAAGGCCACGAGCACAAAAUGGACAAGCUGGGGCUCGGCCUGGAUGACGACGGCAACAACCAGGCUGCAGCCGCUGCUCAGAACCCCGGGGACUCGCGGCGCCUCAGCAUCCAGCGCUGCAUCCAGUCUCUGGUCCACGCGUGUCAAUGCCGCAACGCCAACUGCUCGCUGCCGUCCUGCCAGAAGAUGAAGCGGGUUGUUCAGCACACCAAAGGCUGCAAACGCAAGACCAACGGGGGAUGUCCCAUCUGCAAGCAGCUCAUCGCUCUGUGCUGCUACCACGCCAAACACUGCCAGGAGAACAAGUGUCCGGUCCCCUUCUGUCUAAACAUCAAGCAGAAGCUUCGGCAGCAGCAUCUGCAGCACAGACUCCAGCAGGCCCAGAUGCUGAGGAGGAGGAUGGCCACCAUGCAGAGGGCGGGGCAGCCAGCCGGGGCCAUGCCAGGAGGACCUGUGGUAGGACUUCCAUCACCAGGAAACGUCACAGCACCCAACACUCCAACGUCUGGGGGAACCCAACCCCCGACACCUCAGACCCCAACUCAGACCAUGCCUGCAGUCCAGCAGCAGGGACUGGGUCCUGGGAGCGGAGCACAGCAACCACAACCAGGAGGAAUGGCUCCUCAACAUCCUCUCCAUCAGUUCCAGCAGAUGGGAGGUGGAGGUGGAGGUGGGGGGGUCAUGAGCUCCCCACAGCAUCAGCAGCAGAUGCUCCCUCAGGUCCCACAGCAGCAGCAGCAGCAGCAGCAGCAGCAACAACAACAACAACAACAACAACAACAACAACAACCUGGAUCAGGAACAAAUCCGGGGCAGCACCCCAACAACAUGCAGUCAUACGCCAACAGACCACCAGGCUCCUCCCCAGUCCACCAGUCCCAGGGGAAGCCUGUUCUGGGCUCUGCAACUCCCCCCCAGCAGCAGCCUGGGGGUGUCAUGCCUCCAGGACAACAGGCUUCCAACCAGCCACCAGGUCAGCCACCGAUGCCCCCCUCUGGCCCCCCAGCGGCCGCCGUAGAGAUAGCUCUGAAGAUCCAGCAGGUGGCUGAAUCUCAAAGAAAGAUGGCGCUACAGAGGCACGCAGCAGGUGCGGGUUUGAUGCCCCACCACCAACAGGCUCCAGGGCAGCAGAUGAACAUGGGACAUCUGGGAGCAGUGGGGAUGGUUGGACCUCAGGGGAUGCCCCCGCAAAUCCAGACAGCAGCAGCUCGAGCCCACAUGGACCAGCAGCAAGCUGCUCCCCCAGGAAUGAUGGCCAGCGCUGGCGGACACAUGCAGCAGGCCCCUCAGCAAGGAAACCUGCAGCAGAUCCAGCUCGGCCCGCAGGCGCAGCAGAGGAUGGGGGCUCCGCUCCAGAACCCGCAGCAGCAGCAGCAACAGUGGGCCGGUCAGGGCAUGUCCCCCCAGCAGAGGCAAGCUAUGAUGACCCAGAUGGGCCAUUCAGCCAUGAUGCCCACCCAACAGCAGCCUCCCCAUCAACCAACUCCAGGCCAUGCUGCCUUGAUGAAUAUGGCGCAGCAGCAGCAGGGUGCCGUUGGGGGGGUCACAGGUGGUGUAGUCCCCGGAGCUGCCGGUGUUCCUGGUGCUGCAGGUGGAAACAUCCCACAGGGAGCUCUGCAGGAGCUUUUGCGCACACUCCGCUCCCCCAGCUCCCCGCUGCAGCAGCAGCAGGUGCUGAACAUCCUGCGCUCUAACCCGCAACUCAUGGCUGCUUUCAUUAAACAGAGGGCUGCCAAAUACAAGGGGGGGCAGGGGGGUCCUGGUGGACCAGGAGGAGUCCCAGGAGGACCGGUGGGUAACAUUGCAGGAGGAAGCCAGCAGGGCAGCAUGAAUCCUGUGGGGGCCGGUCAGCAGGGAAUGCACAUGGGGGGUCAAGGAGGAACAAAUGUCAACAUGAGCCCCAUGGCUCAGUUGCAGCAGGUCCAGCAGCAGCAGCAGCAGCAGCUUCAGCAGUUGCAGCAGCAGCAGUUGCAGCAGCAGCAGAGGCCAAUGCUCAGUGGGUUACAGCAGCAGCAGGUUGCAGCUCUCCAGCAGCAGCAACAACAGCAGCAGCAGCAGCAAGGCGUGGGUCGAGGAAUGCCGGGUCAGGGGCCCCAGAUGGGAAACCUGAACGGAGCCCAGUUUAGAGAGUUGCUGAUGAGAAAGCAGCUACAGCAGCAGCAACAACAACAACAACAGCUGCAGCAACAACAGCUGCAGCAGCAACAACAGCAGCAACAGCUGCAGCAGCAGCAGCAACAACAACAGCAGCAGCAGCACCAACAACAGCAGCAGCACAUGGGAGUAAACCACAGUCAGUUCCAACAGCCACAGCCCCCCCAGGGGCAGGGCUUCAUAGGGCAGCAGGGCAUGCAGCCUCCAGCAGUGGGGCAGGGGCCUCCUGGGGGGCCACCCCUUCAGCAGCCCGGUGGACAGCCGGGUCAGCAGGCACCAAGUUACCCCGGAUCAGUCGCUCAGCAGCAGGCCACGGUUGCACUGCAGCAGAGACUGCAGCACCAGCACCACCUCCAGAUGCAGCAGCAACAGAACGCCAUGGGGGGUGAUGUAGGGCCAGGUGGAGGGAGUAUCAGUGGUCCGCAGCAAGCACCCCAAGUCCCUCAACCCACCCAAAUUGGACCCCCACCUUCAACCGCUCAAGCCCGGCUUCAACAGACUCUGCACCAAAGGAUGUUCCAUCAGCAGCAGCAGCAGCAGCAGCAUCUCGGCCCGGGAGGGUCACCGGCCCAGCACACCAACCCCAUGAGCCCCCAGCAGCCUCAACAGGUGAACCAGUCCCCCCACCCGCACCUGCAGGGACAGGGCAUGUCCACAUCUCUGGCCAACCAGGUCCGGUCCCCACAGCCCUCACCCAGACCUCAGUCCCAGCCGCCUCACUCCAGCCCGUCCCCACGCAUGCAGCCACACCCCUCCCCGCUUCACAUCUCCCCCCAGAUGCAGACGGGCUCUCCUCAUCCCAACCACCUGAACCAGCACCAUCCAGGAAUGAUGGCACCUCAACAACCACAACCGCCAGCAGCCCAGCAGAACGCCAUGGAGCCGUUCGGCUCGGAUGAGAUGCUGUCCCAGCUGAGCAGCAUGGCUGGUCUGCACGGGCCAGGCGGCAGCGGUCAGGACCCAAUGGGCCCCAACAUCGGCCACAGCUCCUUAGACCACAUGUAGGGUGGUCGUCAGCGUGUGGAGCGGAGCGGAGCGGCAGUGGAAAUCCGCACAAACUGCACUCACCCAGGACAGUGUUAUUGUUAUUACUAAGCUUUUUUUAAACUAUUAUUAAAUGUUAUUUAAAAUGUUUUCAAUAAAGAUGCAUUGAACUGAACUUCCUAUGGGAGAUGAACAUGAAAUCAAGCAGUCGUUAAAUGAAUGAAAAUGAAUUGUAACUUAUUGCUGUUAAAUGUUUUCUUUGCCAAUUAGGGAUGGGGGGGGGGGGGUCUUUCACAUAUCAUCCCACAAGUCACCCCGUGUACUGCAGAGGAAAGUUGAUUCUAUUUUUUUGAGGGGGGGUAUGUGAAAAAAGUACUUGCCUUUUGAAAAACUGUUCUGUUUUUAUAGGUUUUUAAAGUCCAAAAUUAUGAUUUAAUGCAAAUAUCUUUAUAUCAGUUGAGCUCCUUUUUUUAUUUUAUUCUUUGGGGCCUUUUUUUGUUUUUGUUUACGCUUCACCUCAAAUCCAAACAUGAUGCUUUUUUUUUUCUUUCCUUUUUCUAAUGUUUGGGUUUUAUUUAUUCUUUUCCUUCUGGGGGUGGGCGUCUAGGAGACUGCUACAGUUCCUACAGAAAUAUAUUUUUGGUAUUGACUGUUAAGAUGGGGGGGGGGUUAGUAUAUGUUAUUUCACUUUAGAUGUCUUGAGUUGGGAGUGAUGUCAGUGUUUGAUUGCAGUGCGCUCUGCGCCGGAAGGGCGGCGGCGGACACAUCUUUGGAAGCCCUCUCCAACAUGCAAGCCCCCUCCCUCGAAUGUGUGUGCACUCCUUCCUGUUAAAGACACUUCAAAUGGAGCUGUAGAGCUUUGGGGAGGGGGGGUGCAUACCUUUGUGCCUGUAACAUUUUAAAUACCUGGGGUGGGGCGGGCUUGUUCUAGUGUUUUUAGGAUUCUGCUGUUUUCUGUAAACAGAGGAUGAUGAUGAUGAUGAUCCAAAUGAACUGUGUUGCACAGAAACGAGGAGAAAGAAGGAGACCCCCCCCCACACACACAAAUACACCCGACUCGGUCUCUUUCUCCCUCGUCCCCUUUGCUGCUUCCCUCAACUUUAUAUCCUCCUCUGGGGGGGACGUGGAGCUCCUUCUUUACAAACUCCAUCCUCUUUAUCUUUCUGCUCAGAACUUUGGGAGUUUAAUUUAAUAUUUUUUACUGUACAAAGGAAACAAACUGGACUCGAAUACUGUUUUUAUAAUAAAACAAAAAUUACCAAUUUG